UCGAUUGUGGGUAGUGGGGAACGGGAACUUGUCUAAUCCGUUCCGUGUACGGAUUAGUUCCGGGAUUGCAUCGAUCUUCCUUACAAUCGUAUUCACCUCUUCAGCUGAAAUUGUAGUGUGUGUGUGUUCUUCUCCUUUCCACACCAAAAUUACUAUGACAGCAAGAGGCGCCCUGGAAUCAUAGGAAAGUCCCUCACAGCCUGACCACAAUCUCAUCUCGUAGGGACGACUGAGUAGCUGGAAUGAAGCUAUUGCCAGACGGCGUUGGUGUUGCCGAGGGCCUCGAGCUAGCCUGCGUUCCCCUUCCUUGUCUGCUUCCUGUUUUCUUCAUGCGUGGUCUUGUACUAGCUUGUGAUCGAGUCGAGGACCGCGUUGAAGGUCGCGUUGAGGCCUGUGUCUGUGACGGUGUUGAGGCUCGUGAUGGUGAUGAUUCUAACUCAAUCUCGGCUUGUGUGCGGUCCCGGCGGAUGCUUGCAGUCAUCCGCCGUACGUUAUUAGGGCUGUCAGCCCUACCCAUUAUCCUCGAAGCUGAUGAUGAUGGAGUCGGUGAUUGUGAUGAUGCUGAUGAUGCGGUUGUGGUGUUGUCAUCGCCAUACAGAGACUGUAGAUUCGAAGGAACUGUAGUCUUCUGUCAUCGUAGCACGGGCUCCUCGUCUGUGAAGGUGUCGAUCUCGCUCUGUGAUGCGUUGGAAAAUUCGUCAAUGGUCAUAAAAUUGGGAUCAUCAAUAAAGAGAGACUCAUUUUCACGAUCCAUCAUAAAAAAACGAUUGAAAUCGGGGUAUUGGUGGCGUUGUAGAGGAGUGUUAUGAUCG